AUGUGUCGACAUACCGUUUUAGCUCCACGACCUUGGCAUGUCAUUGCCUCAGGUCAUGAAGGUCUGAAUGCUUGCGAGAGGAAAUCCUACUUGUUCCUCAGGAAGGAGCUGCCAGUCAGACUGGCGAAUAUUAUGAAAGAGAUAGCGCUACUCCCUGACAACCUGCUACGGAUGCCGUCAGUUGGUCUUGUGAACCAAUGGUAUGAGAGAUCCUUUGAGGAAAUUAUCCAGUUUGAGAAGAUGGACCCGGAGCAGUCAGUUUUGACUCAAUUUUGCGAACGUCUAGUACACAUACGCAAUCGUCACGCCGACGUGGUCCAAACAAUGGCCCAGGGUGUUCUAGAACUCAAAGAGUCGCACGAGGUGGAUCCAGGCGUCGAGAACUCCAUACAGUACUUCCUCGACAGGUUUUAUAUGAGCCGGAUAUCUAUACGGAUGCUGAUGAACCAGCAUACUCUUCUCUUCGGGGAACAAAUAGGCUCUAAGCAAGAAUCUGUGAACGGCAUCGGGAACGGUGGCCGGCACAUCGGGUCUAUAGAUCCGGCGUGCGAUGUGGCCGCAGUUGUGCAGGAUGCUUAUGAAAAUGCAAGAUUCCUCUGCGAUAGGUAUUAUUUAGCGUCGCCUGAACUGGAGCUGUUGCAAAAUGGGGUUCCCAGUGAUAGGCCGCUGCCGAUAGUCUACGUGCCGUCUCACCUGUAUCACAUGCUGUUCGAGCUUUUUAAGAACGCAAUGAGGGCUGUCAUGGAGCUUUAUGAAAGCAACCCACCGCCUGUUACACUCAAUAUUAUUCAAGGACGGGAGGAUAUUUCACUUAAGUUGUCUGACCGCGGUGGUGGCAUUCCUCGCAGCGUGACCGAUCUUCUCUUCAAAUACAUGUAUAGUACAGCGCCACAGCCAUCUAAGUCUGACUCACAUAAUGUUCCACUUGCAGGUUAUGGCUACGGACUGCCGAUAUCGCGCUUGUACGCACGUUACUUCCAUGGCGAUCUGGUUCUUAUCUCGUGCGAGGGGUACGGGACCGAUGCCGUUAUAUAUUUGAAGGCACUUACAAACGAAGCAAAUGAGCUGUUGCCUAUAUUUAACCGGACGUCAACUAAAUUUUACCGUCCGUCACCAGUGUUGGCCGAUUGGUCUGCGCCAGUUCAUAACACUUCAGGCAGCGGACGAAAGGACAAGCAGCCAUCUCUUUCACACAAGCUAUAG